UCUAUUAAUUUUUUUUCCGGGCGAAAAUGGCUGCCACUCUCAACUAAACCUCUGCAUAAAGGAUUAACUGAAAUGAAAUAGGCAGUAGAAAUCACAGCCCGCUUCAAGACAACAGUAACAGGCGGCAGUGCGCAGUUUGUGCAGCGCCUUCACAAAGAUGUUGUUGCUGCCAGAGAAGGGAAAUGGAUACGAUUCGACAUUAACCCUUCCCAGUCCAGCAUCCAACAACAAAUGAGGCCUGUUUUCUCCACCACAAAAAAAAAUGAUGCAUCAAGUGACCGGCAGCAGCAGUGACUAUUGUAUGAGUGGACUGGCAGAGGACUGUCAUCCUGCCAGCCACUUUGAUUUAUGUAGCACACAAUCCCACAAAUUCUACCCCUCUCCGACAAACCCUGGGUUGCAGCUGUCCCUUGCCGGCCUUGCCCCUUUGCCACAGGGAAUGCACAAAGCCAUGGCGUGUCAGUUGCAGGACACCCAGACUGACUUCCAGCCACAGACGGUGAGAAUCAGGGGCGGUGAGGCUCUGGGGCCCGACGGCUCAAAGAAAAAGAAGGGCAUAGUGAAAUCAGGACGGAGAGGUAGGCCGUCAGGGACCACAAAGUCAGCUGGGUACCGUACGAGUACUGGACGUCCUCUUGGGACUACUAGAGCUGCUGGUUUCAAAACCAGCCCAGGGAGGCCCCUAGGAACCACCAAAGCAGCAGGAUACAAGGUGAGCCCCGGCAGGCCCCCAGGCAGCAUCAAGAGUCUCUCUCGGCUCAAGAAACUAGAGUUCGGUUUUGACGGCAACAAGAAACUUGACUUUAGUAACUGCAGUGUUCCCAAAAAACUGGACUUCACUGCCUGUGAUGUUCCACCUUUUCCGUACAACAUGAUGGAGAAAAGGGACCUCUGUGAGCCCAGUGGCAAAGUGGAUGAAAGCAGUGAAUAGCUCUGCAGGAGGACUCCCCGGUGUCGGAAAAAUAUUUGGCUGCAUGAGCAAGAGGAUGCGGAGGAACACAUUUCUGAAAUGUUGGCAGAAAGAACUUCUUUUUUCUGUUUAGAAUGGCCUCGUCUGACUUUUCACUGUACAGUGUUUGCCAUUGUCAUCAUCCUCUCAUAAUAAACGACUGAAUUAAAAGGAUGGUUUGGCAGAGAUGCAUGCAUAUAAAUUAAUCAUACCAAUCAGUAUAGGAAAAAAAAGUAUAUCAGUUUGUGGUUCACACCUCACUGGAGAGUUCUCUUUAUUCCCCCACAGCAAUUUGUUCCUCUGAGUUGUGACAUGCUGUCUUACUUUGCUCGAACAUUUCUGUGGCCUAGGUCUUGUGACAUUUUCUACACUCAUAAACAUCUUCGUACAAUCAUUCAAUUCAAUUUCGUCCUAAGCAUAAAAAUGUAAAUGUGUGGUUGUCCUUUAUGUGUUGUCUAAUAUGUGUUUUAUUUUAGUGAUGUAAUCCAGCUUCAUAUCUAAAAUGGGAACAUUGCAAUCCAUUUUUUUUAAUAAGCUUGAACUGUUAAAACUCAAUGCAUAUUAUCCUUUUGGACACAAUAUUUGCUAUUUCUGAACUUUGUAAAUAUAGUUUUGAUCAUGUAACAGCCUGUUUUCAUCCCCAAACUUGAUAAGCACUUCCAGUUUUACAUGUAUGUUGCUGAUCAUUAGAGGAAAAAAAGACUUCAUAAAAUUCUUUGUUGAAUAUCUAAUAACUGCUAAUGUUCUGUAUGUGAAACCAAAAUAAAAGAGAGAAAAUGUC